AUGGUGAAUGUCGUUGAAGCCCCUUCGUCGCCUCCUUCUUGCAUGACGAAUGGCUCCCGGGCCAAUGCCGAUACGACCCGUUCUCCCAACGGAACGCAUCGCACGUCCCCUCAGAGCUCCGACAAAGGGCCAAAGAAUUCCGCGGUCGGGAGAAUCGCGACAUAUCGGCAUGUUGUAGCUAUACACUCGCAAGUGCGGCACUCAUGCCUCAGCCGAGAUUCCACCACUACCCCAAGCUUCAUCGGGUUUAGGAAUCUCACGGUUGUUGUGCUAGUUGCUAUGAAUCUUCGACUGGUUAUCGAAAAUUUCCUCAAGUACGGUGUAUUGAUCUGCAUCAAGUGUCACGACUACCGCAAGCAAGACGUCGUGAUUGGGGCGAUAUUCUUUGGCCUGGUUCCUUGUCAGCUGCUAUGUUCGUAUUUCAUCGAGCUAGCCGCGUCAAGACAUGCUGUACGGGUGAUCGGUCGAGCGAAGAAGACAGACAAGGUUUUGAACGAGUCAAAGAGGCUUUGGUUUGUUAUCGCGCUGCUGCAUUCUAUCAUCAGCUUCUUCGGGCUAGCCGUGACAAGCUACGCUAUCUACUACUAUGUCAACCAUCCUGGGAUCGGUACGCUCUGUCAGAUCCAGGUGAUCAUAGUGUCCCUCAAGUCAUACUCCUAUGCAUUGACGAACCGCGACCUGCGCCGUGCCAUGCUUGGUUCGCCUUCGACAGACUUUGAGAUCCCGGAACUCUACAAGUCCUGCCCGUAUCCUCGAAACAUCACUCUUGGUAAUCUGGCUUACUUUUUGCUGGCGCCGACACUCGUCUACCAGCCGGUGUACCCUCGAACACCUCGCGUUCGAUGGUCUUUUGUUGGAAAGCGCAUGUUCGAGUUUGUGUGUCUCGCGGUGGUGAUCUGGUUGCUCUCAGCUCAAUACGCUGCGCCGCUUCUUCGCAACGCGACCGAGAAAAUUGCGGUCCUGCACUUUGGAUCGAUUCUGGAGCGAGGACUGAAGCUUUCGACUAUCUCCUUGGUCAUCUGGCUGGCUGGAUUUUAUGCGCUCUUCCAGUCACUGCUCAACGGACUUGCUGAAAUCAUGAGAUUUGGAGACCGUGAGUUCUACACGGACUGGUGGAAUAGUCCGAGUUUUGGCGUGUACUGGCGCUCCUGGAAUCGCCCGGUUUACACUUUCAUGAAGCGGCACGUUUAUAUGCCACUGGUCACUCGGGGCUGGAGCUCGACUGCGGCGGGCACCGUAGUUUUUGCGGUCUCUGCGGUGCUGCACGAAGUUCUCGUCGGAGUUCCAACACAUAACUUGAUCGGGGUUGCAUUCAUGGCAAUGCUGUUCCAAUUGCCUUUGAUUCUUCUAACCGCGCCGUUUGAGAAAUUCAAAAGUCCUCUUGGGAAAGCGAUUGGAAACUCACUUUUUUGGGUGACGUUUUGCGUCUUGGGACAGCCUCUUGGCACCCUGCUGUAUUUCUUCGCGUGGCAGGCCAAGUAUGGCAGUGUUAGUAGGGCACAGUCGUGA